AUGUGUGCGGAGUUGGACAAGAUGGUAGCGGCGAGGGGGCUCUGGUGUUUUUGCAGCCGGGCUCUGGCUGUUAGAAACCGCUGUCAUCUCCCUUUAGGGCUCGGCGUGGUUUCUAAUCACCUACGUACUUUCUCCCUAGCUAGUAGUUUAAGUCGGGUCGAAAAGGAGCAGGAUUUGCAGGCGAAUCCCUUUUACAGCAAGUACCAGAAUAAGAUCCAGGAGCUGCGGAGGACAAAACCAGAUGAGUAUGAGGCUCGUAUAGCAAAGAAAGAAGAAGUUAAGAGGCUGCCUCUGGGACGUUCAAGCCAGGGUGAAUUUGUCAAACUAAUGGAAGCGAAGCCAAAGCAACUUGGUGAAAGAACAUCUGGGAAGAGACCUGGUUUCACUAAACAUAAGACACUCCAGUCAAUACUCAAUCUGGAUAUGGUGAAAGAUAAAACUCCAGAUGAAAUAGCACAAAUCUGGAAUAUGUACUUUGCUUCAAAGAAUACAAUUUCUGCCGUGAUUCCUGGCACUACAUUUGAGCUGAUGUACAGCAGGUCACAGAGAUGUCCCACAUUCCUAUACGCUUUGCCAAGGCAAUCAGGCUAUGAGUUCUUCGUGGGUCAGUGGUCUACAACUGAGCUUCAUUUUUCCUCAUUAAUAAAUCUUCAGUCUUUAGGAGAGAAUUCACCAAGCCAGCUCAUAAUAUAUCAUUACCCUGACCUUCAGAAAGAAAAGGGCAUCGUUCUUCUUACCGCAGAAAUCGACACAACUUUUCUGAGUGUACAAGACGCACAGUGUCUGGCCAAUGAAGCACAGCUAUUCUACGCUACAGACUGCCAAAGGACCUUUAAUCUGGUAGAGACAUUCAACCAUGAACCCAAUGAUUUCAAACACAUGUCAGUCAUUGCUGAGAUUGAGCAGCAUGGAAUUGGAGGCCAGUUGAUGAAAGAGGAGAACAAGCAGACGUAGAGGUGUAUAUUUCUCACAAGAGACUUGAGACAUUUAUUGUUAAUAAAUACAAGUGAUUUUUUUUCAUGGUGCUGAAACAAAAGAAAACUUAUUGUAUUUGUUAUUGAUGGUGAUGCGCAGGAGCUUUGUCAAACAAAUCAUGGCAUCAGAAGGUAUUGAGGCAUUUAUUAAUCAAGCAUGAGGUUCAAGUAAGGAUCUUAAAUCAAGUAAAAGAGGUGGAAAAAUUUGGGGAGGAAUUCCUAGCGUUUAGAAUUUCAGAAGAUAAUUGCAUGCCUCCUUAUGGUGGUGUGAUCAAUAUCAACGAUACUAAAGAAGGUGGUCCUGCAGCAUCACCAACCUAUUUCCACCUCUGUAACAUUGAGAACUCCACUGGUGUCUCACCCACCUCUUUGCUAUCCUCGAGCCUUAACCAUUUGAAUGCAUACUUGACGAGCCAUUCUUGUUCGCUCCUCUAUAAAUGUCAAUACUCUUAUCCAAAUUCAUACAAGAACAUGUUUAACCAUCUCCCUAGUGCUUACUGUCCUAGAGUUGAUUCUGAUUAAGCUUACUUGAAUUUUAAAAUUUUCUUCCACCCCCUUGGUCUUGCCUCUCCCUUUUUCUUUAAUAUCAAAGGUGAGGACUAGUUAAAUAGGUCCUAGUGCAAGUUUGGAUCAGGGCUUUGAAAGGGUAAGCAAAAAGUAUAGCUGAUCAAGAAUGUAUUAAAAUAUUUGAGACUUCAAGAUUUUAAAAUGUAGAUAAGCACUAGUGGAGUCAGUAACGUUACAGAGAUGGAAAUGAAUAAUCAUGAUGUUGCUUCAGUCUGUGGUUCAGAAUUUCUGUGACACUGAGUCUGCAGCCUUGUUCAGUCACUUAUGGUUAAUUGGAUGCUAGAAUUGGUGACCACAGAAUUGUCCUUGGGAGUCUAUUCAGUGGUUUCAUUUUUUUUUCCCUUCAUUGAAAAUAAAAAAUGGCUACAGAUGCUGAAAAUCCAGAAAACGCUGCAUUCGUUCAACGGGUUGAACAGUGUAGUAGGUUUAACCUGCUGUUUCCAGCAUUUUCUGUUUUAAUUUCAGUUUUCCUAAUUUUAAAAUUUGAUGCAGAUUAGAUAAGUGCUUAUGUGACGCAGGUUACUUUCUAAAGGGAGGCUGGCUGUAAUAAAAAUGAUAUCCUGUUAUGACAUCUAAUAAAUGCAUUUUGUCAAAAUGUGGGCAACCUUCCUUAUUAGUUUUGAGAUUUGACAACAGCUUUAAAAUAUGCACAGUUCAUUGUGGAUUGCAUGUGUGGACUAUGAAGCUUAAUGAAGUGUGACAGUGUCUAACAUGCAGCUUGUUUCGAACUUCUGCUCUGAAAUGCACAGACAUGGAAGUCAAAAAAUGAGUUGAUCUGUAUCAAUAUCUGACCCUUGUUGCUAUGCACUGGCACUGAAGCUAAAGAAACUUAAAUAUUUUGUAAGGUUCUAAAUGAUCCAAAAUGAUUGUUUAUAAAUUAUGCAGGAGCUAACUACCACACCAUAAUUAACCAACUAGAAAGCAGUUUUAAGUAUCUUAACAUUAUAAUUUUCAAUAAAUUAAAUGUUGACAUAAAAAAUGGCAGCAGACCUCAGUGUGAAAUUCUGUAAUACAGGUUGAGCACCCCUUAUCUGAAAUGCUUGGGGGCGGAAGUGUUUCAGAUUAUGGAUUUUUUUGGAUUUUGGAAUGUAUAUGAGAUCAUUUGGGAUCGAAUCAUUCCUGACGGAAUUUAUGUGCUACUGGUAAGCAGUCUUUGUCUUGCACUUUUUCAUCACACCAUAUGUACUGAUGCAGCCGUUCAGCCAUUUAGAUUUUCAUCAGUGACAAUCUUGGCAAACUUGUCAUUGAAUUUCUCUGCAGCUUCAUGAUCAGCAGAUGCUUUAUCACC